AUAAUUACGAAAUCCACUUUCAAUAUCUCACUAAAUUCCCGCCAGACUCCCAUUCACUCCUUCACCAGAACUUUCGGCUGCUUUGGAUUCACUGCCCACCAUAAACCUACUCAUCACUAUUGCCUCAACCCCGACUUAGACUUUCCUUUUCUCUUCUCUGUUUCCUGUUGCAGAUCAUCCAUCCAUGAAACCCAAACCCGCUAAACCAAAAUGGAACUUCAACCCAAAGCUAGGGUUCACUUCUGUCUUUCUUUCUUGCUCCUUCUUCUUCGUCGCUGGUCUUUUUGCCUCCGAUCUCAUUUCUCAGGAUUUCUCUGGAGCUAGGCAGAGAGCAAGGCAGCUCCAAUCGCUCAAAGAGGAGAUUAUUGACUAUGAUUUGUUGACUCCAGGAAUGACUGGAGACGAUUCUAUUACUUUGAUUCCAUUUCAGGUCUUGAGCUGGAAACCGCGUGCUUUGUAUUUUCCUAAUUUUGCAACUGCUGAGCAAUGUGAACGCAUAAUUAAUAUGGCAAAGCCAAGCCUUAAACCCUCCACUUUGGCAUUAAGGAAGGGAGAAACGGAGGAUAACACAAAAGGAAUCAGAACCAGCUCUGGUAUGUUUAUUAGUGCUUCUGAAGACAACACUGGGGUCUUGGAUGCUAUUGAGGAAAAAAUUGCUAGAGCCACAAUGCUUCCCAGGGUCCAUGGAGAGGCAUUCAAUGUCUUGCGCUAUGAGAUUGGGCAAAAGUAUAAUUCUCAUUAUGAUGCAUUCAAUCCUGCAGAGUAUGGCCCACAGAAGAGCCAAAGGGUUGCUUCUUUCUUGUUAUAUUUAUCUGAUGUAGAAGAAGGUGCGGAGACCAUGUUUCCAUUUGAGAAUGGCUUGGAGAUUGAUGAAAAUUAUGACUUUCAAAAGUGUAUUGGUUUGCAAGUGAAACCACGCCAAGGGGAUGGACUCUUAUUCUAUUCGCUUUUCCCAAAUAAUACAAUCGAUCCAACAUCACUGCACGGGAGCUGUCCGGUAAUCAAAGGCGAGAAAUGGGUGGCUACAAAGUGGAUUAGAGAUCAAGAACUAGACGAAUAGAAUACUUGUACAUGCCAUCGGUGCAAUGUUCAAGAGGUGUUGCUUUUUAUUGGACGUCGGCAAAAAAACAAAGAAAAAACAAUUCGAGCAGCUACCAUUUACCUUUUUUUUUAGUAUAAUUUUCGUAGUAAUCGACAAUAACAGGUCUCAGUUGAUUGGGUGUAUCAGAAUUAAUUUUAGCCAAAUAUAGCAACUUUGCCCCAA